UGGAGUGGAGUCACUUGUGAUGAAGUCACAGGUCAUGUCAUUAGGCUUCAACUUGGAUGCAGCGGGCUUCAAGGCAUUAUCCACUCCAACAACAGUUUGUUCCUUCUCACUCAUCUUCAAACUCUUAUUCUCUCCGGGAAUAUUUAUUUUAGUGGCCAAGUCCCUCUAGAAUUCUCUUACUUGUCUCAUUUGAUUACACUUGAUCUUAGUUCUUUGUUCAAUGAUUUGAGACUAGAGAAUUUUAGUUUGAAACGAAUUGUUGCAAACUUAACAAGUUUGAGAGAGUUGUCGUUGAGUGGUGUCAAUAUGUCUUCUGUCUCUCAUAAUUCCUUUAUGAAUUUAUCGGAGACAUUGAUAUCUCUUGAUUUGAGUCAUACUCAAAUGAAAGGGGAAUGUCCAGAAAAUAUUUUUCUUUUGCCAAACCUUCAAGAGCUCAAACUAUCGGACAACCAUAAUCUCACCGGUUCAUUUCCUAGAUAUAAUUGGACCACCCCGCUUAGAAAUUUGAGCCUUUCUUCCACUAGAUUCCUAAUAGAUUUACCAUAUCUUACUAGGAGUUUAAAAUAUUUGAAUCAUUUGGAUGCCAGGAAUUGCAAUUUCAGUGGACCGUUUCCUGCAUUAAUGCUUGGUAACAUAACUCAAAUCACUUCCUUAGAUCUCUCUUCUAACAAUUUUGGUGGUCAAAUCCCAUGGGAUUCUUUCAAUCUGGAGAAGCUGAAUUUUCUAGAUCUUUCAUACAAUAAUUUUGAAGGCCAGCUCCCUCAAAUUUGUGGUAAUUCUACAAAGAAAAUAUUUCUUUGUGACUCUUCAGAAAGUGAUAAAUUAGUGGGCCUUCUUCCUUUGAAUUUGAAAUCCUUGGACUUAUCUGGGAACUUACUUAGUGGAACAAUACCUUCUUGGCUAUAUUCCCUUCCGUCUUUACAAGAUUUAUAUCUACAUCAGAAUCAAUUCACUGGUCAUAUUAGUGAAUUCCAGUACAAUUCUUUAGUAACUCUUGAUUUAAGGUCAAACAAACUAGAGGGCCUUAUUCCAAGAUCAAUUUUUCAGCAAGUGAACCUUCAUAGGUUACAUCUUUCAUCAAAUAACUUGAGUGGUGUCAUUCACUUAGAACAGUUCUCAAGGCUAAAAAAACUCAAAAGACUUUCUCUUUCUUUUAAUAGCCUAUCAGUGGAUUCUAUCAACUCCAUCACAUACGUUUUGCCCAAUACCCUUUGGUUAUUGGAAUUGUCUUCAUGCAAUAUCACUGGGUUCCCACAUUCUUUAAGAAGCUUGGAAAAUUUAGAAUACUUGGACCUUUCCAACAACAGAAUUGAUGGGAGUGUUCCCCAAUGGUUGUGGAACGUUGGGAAGGAUUCAUUGUAUUAUCUCAAUAUUUCUCACAACCUCUUAACUCAUAUUGGGAAAAUUCCAUGGAAAAGUCUAUCGUAUAUUGACCUUAGCUCCAACAGGCUUCAAGGUCAUCUUCCAAUUCCACCACCUUCAACUUCUCUGUUUUCAAUCUCAAACAAUCAAUUGGUUGGAGAGAUACCUUCUCUGUUUUGCAACCUUACUUGGAUUGAAGUCCUUGAUUUGUCACACAAUAGUUUGACUGAGAAAAUUCCGCCAUGCUCUGAAAAAUACAGUCACAACCUCUCAACAGUUACGAUGGAAAACUACUUGUGGAUGUUGAACCUUCAUGGAAAUCAAUUGGAAGGGUCACUGCCACUUUGGUUGCUCCAUUGUGAAAGGCUGGAAAUUUUAGAUGUCGGGAACAACAAGCUGAACGGAUCCUUUCCUUAUUGGUUGGAGUCUCUUCCCGAGCUGCAAGUUCUUGUCUUGAGGUCUAACAGAUUCCAUGGUCAAAUAAGUAAUCCAAAAGUGAGAUUUCCCUUUCAAAAGUUGAAAAUCAUGGACCUCUCCAACAACGAACUUACGGGUCUUCUGCUGGAAAAAUAUUUUGACAAUUUUAUGGCCAUGAUGAAUGCUCAUACAGAUGUUCUAGAAUACAUGGAAAUGUACAACGCGCUAGCUGGAUACUAUUCUUAUUCUGCGACAAUGAAUAUCAAAGGAAACUCCAUCGAGCUGCCAAAAGUCCAAACAAUGCUCAUAUUAAUUGAUUUCUCAAUGAAUAACUUCACAGGAGAGAUUCCAAAGGUGAUUGGAAAGCUCAAUUCACUCAAAGGACUCAAUUUCUCCCACAACGAGCUCUCUGGUCUGAUUCCUCCAUCGUUGGAAAACUUGAGCAAUCUCGAAUGCUUAGACCUCUCCUCAAACAAGCUGUCCGGAAAUAUUCCAUCGCGAUUAGCAACAGAUUUGAGUCAACUUGCAAACUUAAAUCUUUCCGGCAACAGAUUGGAGGGACCAAUACCUCGCGGGAAGCAAUUCAAUACAUUCAACAUUGAUUCAUACAGUGGAAACCAGGGAUUAUGUGGAUUCCCUCUGCCCAAAUUAUGCACCGAUGAUGAGCCAAAGCACAAUCAAGGUUAUGAUGAUGAUGGAGAUCACAACAAGGGAAUGAUUGAUUGGAAAGUGGUGAUGAUGGGAUAUGGAAGUGGAAUGGUAAUCGGAAUAUCUAUUGGAUACAUGGUGCUUUUCAGUAGAAGCUUCGAUUAUUGGUUUCUAAAAAAGUUUGGAGGAGGAGGACGUCGUAGAAGAAGAGCGAGCUCAAGAGGGAGGAGAAGAUCAAACUACAGAGCUAAUGUCUUCACGUUAAUAUCAAUAAGCUUGAAAAAUUUAAGAAUCUUGGACCUUUCCAACAACAGAAUUGAUGGGAGUGUUCCCCAAUGGUUGUGGAACGUUGGGAAGGAUUCAUUGAUUCAAUUGAAUAUUUCUCACAACCUCUUAACUCAUAUUGGGAAAAUUCCAUGGAAAAGUCUGUCGUAUAUUGACCUUAGCUCCAACAGGCUUCAAGGUCAUCUUCCAAUUCCACCACCUUCAACUUCUCUAUUUUCAAUCUCAAACAAUCAAUUGGUUGGAGAGAUAUCUUCUUUGUUUUGCAACCUUACUGGGAUUGUAGUCCUUGAUUUGUCAAACAACAACUUGAGUGGGAACAUCCCACCAUGCUUUGGAAAUUUUAGCAAAAUCUCUGUUUUAGAUUUGCGAAUGAAUAAGUUUCGUGGAAUGAUUCCUCCAACAUUUGCGAAAGGAAUCUGGUUGAGGAAUCUUAACCUCCAUGGAAAUCAAUUGGAAGGGCCAUUGCCUCAAUCUUUAGUCAAUUGUGAAUUGCUGGAAUUUUUGGAUGUUGGGAACAGCAAGCUGAACGGGUCCUUUCCCCAUUGGUUGGAAUCUCUUCCAGAGCUUCAAGUUCUUAUUUUGAGAUCUAACAGACUUUCUGGUCCUCUAAGUAAUCCCAAGGUGAGAUUUUCCUUUCAAAAGUUGAGAAUCAUGGACAUCUCUAACAAUAAUUUCACUGUGGUUAUAAAAGGAUUCGAAACUGAGCUCGUGAAAAUACAAAAACUGUUCAUAACCAUUGAUUUCUCAAGUAAUAGCUUCACAGGAGGGAUUCCAACAGUGAUCGGGAAGCUGAAUUCACUCAAAGGCCUUAAUUUUUCUCACAACAAGCUAUCCGGUGUAAUUCCAUCAUCCUUGGGAAACUUGAGCAACCUUGAAUGGUUAGACCUCUCAUCAAACGAGCUUUUUGGAAACAUCCCAUUGCAACUAGCUGCAGAUUUGUAUCAACUUGAAAGAUUAAAUCUUUCCGACAACAAAUUAGAGGGACCAAUACCUCGCGGAAGGCAAUUCAAUACGUUCAAUUCAUACAGCGGAAACGUGGGAUUAUGUGGAUUUCCUCUGUCUAAAUCAUGCAGCAAUGAUGACGCACAACAGGAUCAAGGCGGUGAUGAUGAGGGAGAUCACAACAAUGGAAUGAUUGAUUGGAAGGUGGUGAUGAUGGGAUAUGGAAGCGGAAUGGUGAUCGGAAUAUCAAUCGGAUACAUGGUCCUUUCCAGCAGAAGCUUCAAUUAUUGGUUUCACAAAAAGAUUUGGAGGGGGACGACGUCGCAAAACCAGUGGUCGCUUAAGAUGGAGGAGAAGAUCAAACUAGCAAGCAAAGGAAAACACAGUCGGGCCAUGAGAAGUAAAGAGGAUGCUUGA